AGCCCCUCUGAUGUGGCCCCUCUAUUAUCCCCACCUGUGAGCUGGGGGGAGGGGAGAAAUUUCCUCCCUUCUGAUAUUAUUCUAGAAAGUUUGCAAUGUGGCUAUGAGCUCGAUCAGUUAGUUAUGAGCAGAAGAUACUCCCCUCUCCAACUGUUGGGAGUGACUUUUACUCCUGGGUGGGAAGGACAUUCCUUUUGUGUUUGGAAUGCUCCUGGUUGCACCAAGUGACACUUAUUGUCAGGAUAGUGCCUGGACCUUCCUGCCUGGGCUCUGUUUCCCACCACUGAUCCCCAUCCAGUGCCACAGAGGUGCAGCCAGUUUGAAUGCUUCCUAUACCCAUUCCAUAAUCUAUAGGUGGACCUAAUUAAUGCUAAAGUGAUCAGUGUGGGGUCAGGUAUCAGCUCUCAGUUGGGGCAGCUGCUGUUGCCCCACUUCUCCCCUGGUCAGACAGACCCCUCCUGUUGUCUCCCUGGCUGUUGUUUGCAGGGCCCUGGUGGCCUGCUCUCCAGAGAGGAAUCCUGUGACACUUCUUUCAAUAAAUGCUUUAAUGGACAAGCUGCAUCUAAAAUAUGCACAAAAACCAUGGAUUGAAACUCUGAAACUUGUACGUCUUUGCAUGGAUAAACCACCUCGAGGUUCCAUUAGUGUUACCUCACAUCAUCCUUUACUCUCUUGCUUGGAGAAGAUACAGAGGACUUUAAAUGCUAAAUCUUUGUCUACUGUGAUGAGCAGAUUGGAAUUUUUAUCCAAACAAAGGGGGUUGAAAUCUCACAUAAGCCCCAAUGGAACAGCUUGCUAUUUAACAUCAGACAUGUUCUAUGUAGAAGUUCAGUUGGAGAAAGAUGGAAAGGUGAUAGAUGUAAAAUUGGCUCACCCUGGAGAAGCUCCUGUGGUUUGUGAUGAUCUAGUGCAGCUUCUAAGGAUGAAGAAUUAUGAUGCCUUUGGAAAGAUUCUAGAAGGCCUGUUAAAUCUGUAUCAAAUUCCAGGAAAUAGUGACAUGAAAGCUAAGGUAUAUCUUGCCUUGCAAUCUUUGGAAAAAGAUCUCUAUUCAAUGUCCCUUCUGUACAGAACACAGGAUGUAAACAGAGUUACUGAAGUACUUCAUGGAAAAGCAGGACAGCUUGUGCAAAGAACUGGAGGAACCCCAAUGAACAUUGAAUAUUAUUUAUCUCCCUAUCAAGUUCUGGAAGAAGAGCUGAAUCCUGGCUCCCAAGUAUGUGGAACAAAAGUAUUUGUAACUGUUGGAAGUUCAAACACAACACACAAACUUCCCAUUUCUCCAUUAAUUGUGGAUUCUCAGGCAGGAGAUGGCAACCCUGCUUUUUUACCACUGACUGAUGAACUCAGCAUGGAUUUGUCAGCUUGCUUUUUCUUGUCGUUUCAUCGGCCUUUUCCUAUGUCCUCAUCCAGCAUUCAAGAGAUACAGAAGUUUACAGGAAUUCCAAUUGAUGGACUGAAGCUAGCUUCUCUUCAUGCAUUGAUUGUUCAAUUUACCUUUAAUGAUGAGUACAAGGAAGAUCUGGCCAUGAAUAAUUCUUGUUUCUUUGUGUCUCUUCCAGAUUGCCCGAAGCACAGUUAUUUCAUAAAUAAGGGCACAGAGAAAUCAGGUAUAACAGGAGCCCUGGUCAGCAAAAUUCCAUUUACCCAUCCAAAGUGUGUGCCUGCUAUAAUUGAGAUUCUUCGGCAUCAAGUGGCAUAUAACACUCUUAUUGGCAGCUGUGUCUCGGAGAACACUAUAAAUGAAGAUUGCUCAGAGCUGCUUUAUUUUGAAGUGUCUCCACAAAAGGGCACUAGCUUUUCCAUCUCAUUCCAGCAUCCUAUGGGGGAGAGUUUAGCCUGUGUGGUAGCUGAUGUCUUGAGCUCCAGACAAAUCAGAUGCAGUCUUCAUACACAUCCUCAAGAUGUAACUCUAAAUUGCUGUAAUGACUUUAUCACAAGAGUCAUGGAGCGUUGUAUGUCUGUCCCUCUCGUCAUGAGAGCUAUUUUCAAGAAUUCUGUCACAAUGAAAGUUGAUGGUGAAAUACAAAAUACAGAAGUUACCUCUGAGCAAAAUCCUGAAGUGACCUGCAAGCAAACUGAGUCUUCUAACAGUACCGGAGCAAAUAUUUCUGGAGCCAGCAUGCAAAAUUCAUGUGAUGGCAUGGAGGCAAGCAGCUCCACUGCCAGUAUUGACUGUGAGAUUUGUGAUGUAUCAGUAUAACUAAAGCAAGUACUCAUCUGAUGUUUACUGUGGUUCCAUGUCACUUUUUUGUAGUGUGAUCAAUCCAAUAGAUAUUGUCUCAAGAAACAGUAGAGGAGAACUUGGCAAGAUCAAUACUUCAGUCUAGCAGGAUUUCCUCUUAGAAUUAAAUAUUUUCAACCCUGCAUGUUGCUAAAUACAAAAAAACCUAAUACUUUUUUGAGAAUAUAAAUGCAAAUUUGAAAAGUCAAAUUAUCACUACUGUAGCAACCUUAAUUUAAGCCAUAAUGCAUAUAUGGGCAUGUAGUUAUUUAGGUUUUUGUUGGUGGUUAAAUAUUUGUAGGUGUACAUAUAAUGCAACAUGCAAUGUGGCCAAGUUAUAUUGCUGUAACCUUAAGAUUUUGUUUUCUUUCUUUGUGCGGUUCCAUUUAUUAAACCAUAAUGUUGCAUUAACAUUUUUUUAAAUGUAAUUGAAAAAUUUGUAAGUAAGGUGGAAGGGGAAAGGAACUAUUGGUUGAAACAGUCUGCUAGUAAGCUAUGUUGUGCACAAAUGCAAUUUGAUGCAAAUGAGUUUUGACUUAUUUAUUUGCACCAUUCCCCAUGUUAAAUUCACUCAAAAGUGAAACCGUGUAGUAAAUUAAAAGCUUUGCCCCUUCCUGUAUUGGUUAAAUGUCCUCUUUUUUGCAAAAAGAGUUCUGGAUAACAGGGGGGGUAUGGAUAAUACAGGUGUGCAAUAAAUGGCGCUGUAAUUUUUUAGUUUUAAAUUCUGCCCCAUGACUUGUAUUCAUGAAGGAUUAGCCUACUAUUAGGCUCGAAAACUUAAACUUCAGCUGUUGGAGUACAAAAAUGUUAUAGCAGAAUUAUGGGGGGGGGGUGUUUUAAAAAAAAAAAAAACCAAAAAAACCCUACUUUCAAAUCCACUGAAUGUAGGUGGUAAGCAAACCAUCCAAAUUUGUUUUUGGCCUCUGACUAAACAUGCUUUCAACCAGAUGAAAACUUAUGUAGUGGCAACUUAAAACAGGAAUAGAUAGUGAGAAGUCCUCCUCAGCAUUCUUGUCUUGUAGGUGCUAGAAUUGAUUUAUAUAGUGAGAAAUGUGCAUAAGACAGUACUGAACAAAUGAAUACUGACUUACUAAACAAAACCAGACUUCAUGCCCAGAAGAAUUUGCAGUCAGCUUAAACAAGAUCAACAACAGAAAGUGACAAAUGCAGUGUGUUAGGCUAAAUAAGGAGACAGCCAUAAGAAAUGUGGCUGGUUAUGGGAGUAGUGUGUAGAAAAUUGUGGCUAAUAUGCCUGUGACACACAGACCCCUUGGCACAGAGUCCCCUGUUCAACUAGUCUCAGACCUGACAAACUUACUACACCAAAUAUACUGCUUACAGGGUAUUUGUCCAUAAAAAGUAAAAUGUAAGGUCUAAGUUGCAUGCUUUCAAUAAUGUUUAUAAUCACAUCAUGCUGUGAGUACAAGUAAUAUU